GAUUGCAUAAAGGAAACUGUAUCGAUCAACAGAUCAAUACGGAACGGUUUCAUUUCUAUUUCGAAGAGUGCUUAAAAACAUCAUUUCCCAAGAGGCUAUGCGUGCGCAGGAGGCACGGCCUCUAAUAGAAGACAAGGAAAUAAGCUAGCGAGGAAGGUCUGCAUCCAGGCAAGAUUGAUAAUGUUUUGCUUCUUUUGCUAAAUCUCUUGUUGGUGCAUUUUACAGCUAUGACCGGAAUGUCAAUGCUUUUUACUAAGCUGGUCCUAUAAUUUCAAAAGAUUAGUAAGGGGGGGGGAUGCGCAGCUGGAGGUGGCAGAUCUCCAGGAUUAUGCGCCUGUGCCUGUGGUGGUGCCGGCCGUGUCCCAAGCGGGGGGGUCGCCCCGGCCAGCCCCAGAAGAGGCUGAACGAGCUGUGGAGCUACUGGAAGCUGCUCCUCAAGUCCCUGUACUUCAACAGCCUCACCAAUUCCGACACCUACCUGGACUGUGUCUUCGAGCCUGUCUACUGGAUAGUGGACAAUGUGACGCGCUGGUUCGGGGUGGUGUUUGUGGGCCUGGUGAUAGUCUUGACCAGCUCCGUGCUGGUCAUCGUCUACCUGUUCCUGCUGCCGGUCAUCCUCAACACCUACCCCCUGCCGUGGAUCUUCUGGCACCUGACCUACGGCCACUGGCUGCUGGUGAUGGUCGUCUUCCACUACUACAAGGCCACCACCACCUCCCCGGGACACCCUCCCCAGGUCAAAAGCGACACACCGUCAGUGUCCAUGUGUAAGAAAUGCAUCGUCCCCAAGCCAGCCAGGACUCACCACUGCAGCAUAUGCAACACGUGUAUUCUGAAGAUGGAUCACCAUUGUCCUUGGCUCAACAACUGUGUGGGCCACUUCAACCACCGCUACUUCUUCUCCUUCUGCGUCUACAUGACCAUGGGUUGCAUGUAUUGCAGUGUCACCUCCAAAGACAUGUUCAUAGAGGCUUACAACGCAAUCGAGAGUUACUAUCAGACACCACCACCGCUAUUUUCCUUCAGAGAAAGGACGUUACACAAGAGUGUCAUUUUUCUUUGGGUGUUAACAAGUUCGGUGGCAAUCGCUCUGGGAGGUCUGACACUUUGGCAUGCUAUCCUCAUCACCCGAGGUGAGACGAGCGUGGAGAGACACAUCAACAAGAAAGAGAUCAGACGCUUAAAGGAGAUGGGCAGGGUGUUCCGAAAUCCAUACCACUAUGGGAAAAUAAACAACUGGAAGGUGUUACUCGGGGUGGAGGAGACAAGUCACUGGUUGACCAGAGUCUUCCUGCCAUCGAGCCACACCCCAUGUGAAGAUGGACUGGUGUGGGAAUGUCCCCAGGCUCUCACCAGUAGAGACCUCAUGGCCAUCUAACUUGCUGCAGCCAGCUUCUCGUCGCCACGUUAUGGCCCCAACUCCUGGAUAUUGGCUGGAACAUUGAGGCUUGUGGCCUGUGAGGCUAGGACCUGCUGGGUGUUUUGGGACCUUCAUUUGCUCUACAGCCACUGUCAUAUGAAGAGAACUGAUGGUCCUGACUUUUCAACUGUAAUAUCAUGUGAACUGAUUCAAGCUUUUUUAGUACUGGUAGGUAUGUUGUCCAAAGUUGAACUAGAAAGUGUGCUUUUCAUUGUACUAAUGUCACAGAAGAAGCAGUUUUGAAAUUUUUCUGUGCCAAAGAAACCUUUUUAGGUGGGCAUUGCCAGGCUUUGGAUGAAUAGUCUGAAGACUUAGAAUUAUUAUUAUUAUGAUCUCUAGACUAAAGACAUUAUUCAGUCUCUAAUCUAGAUCGUGUGUCUGGACACAGAGCAAUUACCAGGGUGAUAUUAGAUUAUUGUCAAGGCUGCUACAGUAUGUGUUGUGAAGUGAAAUCUCAGCAUUUUGAUUCAGACACAUGCUAAUGAAUUUGUUUUAUUACUGGAAUGUCAUUUCUGCCCACAUCACAUGAACAUUUCCCUACUAAACAACUAAGUCCAAUGAUGACCUAACCUUAAUCAUCAUUAACGCUGGAGGCCCCAGACUUCCUCCCAGCCGGUCUGGUAAGUGGCCACCAUAGAAUGAGAAUGCCUAAAAUGGAUAUUAAGUGGCCAGCCUGUAACAGGAGUGAGGUCUUGGUUACCUUGUCGCCAUCGUGAAAAACACUGACUGAUAUUGAUCUGUUGGAGCGGUGCUCCACUAUUGUGCAUAUCUUCAAUUUCUUUUGAUAAUGAAUUUUUAUUGGCUUGUAUUGUAUAAUAUUAUUUGAUAAAUUGUUUUGGGAAACUUUG